GGAACACAAGACCGCUCCCGAAAGGUCACCCUACUCCGUCUCUGAAUGGUUAGGUUUACGCGGGCAAUUAACGUCGCUGAAAAAAAAAAAAUAGGCCAGCAAACCUCACGGACCAAUUUUACAAUCCAUGGUACGGACAUGAGUCUGGAAAGUAAAAUAUUGUGUUUCACUGAAGGAAAGCCAACUAAAAGGAAGACAGUCAAGCUGAUUAGAUGGCUACAAAACAAAAAGCUUUUGAAAAAGAAAAUAAGGUGCAAGUUAUGUCAAAAUGCAAUGAAGCUGAAGAAGAAACACAACUCAACAGAUGUCUAUAGAUGGGUAUGCCGACACAAGAGCCACAGGGGAAGAAAAAUAACCAAGACAAUAAGAACUGGAUCUGUCUUUGAGAAUUCAAAAUGCAGUUUAAUUUCAUGGAUGAAAUUUUUCUACAGGUUUUCACAAGGCUUGCGACUGAGGCAGGUUGACAUGAAGACAGAUGGCAUAGCAAAAAGCUCAACAACACUCUCAAAGAUGGCAGCCUGUGCAAGAAGAGUCUGUAGACAUGCAAUGAAGCGACAUGAAACAAAAACUGGAAAAUGCCUAGGUGAUGAAAGGGAGUUUGUUGUCAUAGACGAGAGCAACUUUCGCCAUAAACGAAAGUAUGGUCGUGGGAGAAUAUCCAACAGUUGGAGGCGCAAGAACUGGGUUUUUGGAAUGCUUGGAGUAAAAGGAAAACAUCGAAGACCUUUACUGAAGCUGGUGAAGAGGAGGUCCCGCAACCAUUUACUUCCAUUGGUGGUGAAGCAUGUACGCCCUGGGACAGUAAUCAUUAGUGAUGAGUGGAGGGCAUAUAGGGGCGCUCUCACCAAUUUGGGUUACACACACUUCACCGUGAAUCAUUCAAGGUGGUUUGUUGAUCCUGUUACUGGAGCUCACACUCAGCAGCUAGAGAGGGCAUGGUUAACAUACAAAUCAAUAAUUUGGCGGCUUAGGGGAAACAGAACUGAGAAACUUUUGAAAGAACAUCUUGCAGUUAUAGAAUGGACUUACUGGCUUGAAACAGGCAUAGGAAAGGACCUCUUGGUCGUUUACUGA